CGAAUUUCCCUACAUUCGACCUCGAGAAUCUUUCUCUGGGUGAAGAUCGACGAAUGGCUCCUCCCGAAGCACCGCCAGCCGAAGAGCAGGUCAUCUUCUCAAGCGGCGACCCCGCUACCCCGCCAGACCUCCGAUUCCUCCAUUACAACGAUGUUUACCACGUUGAUGCGUCGUCGGCGGAGCCUGUUGGUGGCCUUUCACGCUUCCAAUACCUGUGUAAUUACUACCGCAAUGAUGAGAGGUUUAAGGAUCAGCCUAGAUUGCUCACCUUCUUCUCUGGAGACGCGUUUAAUCCAAGUUUGGAGUCGAGUGUGACUAAAGGCAGCCAUAUGGUCCCAGUUCUCAAUGGCAUUGGGACUGAUGUCGCGUGUGUCGGGAACCACGAUCUCGACUUCGGAAUCCGGCAAUACCGCCACCUCACCUCCCAAUGCCACUUCCCUUGGCUGUUAGCCAACGUGCUAGACCCCGCGCUUGGCGAGAACGAGCCUCUUGGAAACGCGAAGAAGACGGUGAUGCUAGAGUCUUCGAACGGCAUAAAAAUUGGUGUAAUUGGGCUGGCAGAGCGAGAGUGGUUGGACACUAUCAAUUCCCUCCCGCCAGAUCUGAUAUACAAGUCAGCGUCUGCAACGGCGAAGGAGCUGGUUCCUGGGCUGAGGGAACAGGGUGCUGAGAUUGUGGUCGCUGUUACGCAUCAGCGCGAGCCGAAUGAUAACAAACUUGCUGAACUGACGGCAGAUGGCUUGGUCGAUAUCAUACUUGGAGGGCAUGACCAUUACUAUUCCCACAACUUUGUUAAUGGCACGCACGUGCUCAGGUCUGGCACCGACUUCAAGCAAUUGAGCCAUAUUGAGGUAAGGAGGAAGGAGGGAAGUAAGAAGUGGGACUUCAAGAUCGUGAGGAGAGAUAUUGUGAGCAGUAUCCCCAAAGACCCAGGAGCGGAGGAGCUGGUGGAGAAGUUGACUCGGGCGUUGAAGACCAAGCUGGAUAAACCGAUUGGCUACACAGCCGCGCCUUUGGAUGCCCGCUUCACCACUGUCCGCACCAAGGAGUCUAAUUAUGGAAACUUCGUCUGCGAUCUCAUGCGCUAUUACUACCAAGCAGAUUGCUGCAUCAUGGCUGCGGGCACGAUUCGAGGCGAUCAGAUUUAUCCGCCUGGCGUGAUACGUCUCCGCGAUAUCGUCAACUGCUUUCCGUUUGAGGAUCCUGUUGUCGUUAUCAAAGUCACAGGGAAGGCGCUCCUCGGGGCGCUGGAGAAUGGCGUGAGCAAUUAUCCUGCUUUAGAAGGCCGUUUCCCCCAAGUCUCCAACAUAAAAUUCAUAGCCGACUACUCCCAAAAGCCCAUGUCCCGCAUCCUCAGCGUGGAAGUUGGCGAUGGCCCUCUUGACCUCGAAAAAGAAUACGUCCUUGCCACACGAGGCUACAUGGGGCGUGGCAAAGACGGAUACACCUCCCUUCUCAUCGAAGAAGAAGGUGGUACCGCCAAAGAAAUCGUCUCCGAAGAAAACGGCGUCCUCAUCUCCACAAUUUUACGCCAAUACUUCCUGUCUCUCAAAGUCCUUGGGAAGUGGAAAAUGUGGGGUCCGAGUUUAACUCGGAGUUGGACGAAUAUUCAAGAGAAUCUGCAAAAGACACAUCCGGUUCUAGAGCCGGAGCAGCCACGAAACUCAGAGGGUACCGAGACACCGCUGGAUGAAUCGGAUAGCGAGCUGACAGAUUCCGAUGACCCUGCGCCGGUUAGCAGGAAGGAGAAGGAAGUUGUCAUUAUACGCAAAGUUAUGCGGAAAUGGUGGCGGUUAGCGGGAUUGCCUGGACAUCCGAGUCUGUGUGAGGAAAUGGGCGAAGGGGAAUUUCAUGUUCCGUGGACGAAGGCAGUCGCCCCGAGGGUGGAGGGAAGGAUUAAGGAGGUAUCUGAAAAGCCAUUGCCAAUCCGAGAAUAAGAGAAUC